CUGACAACGUCUGAAAAGGGCGUGGGCUGCAUGAAGACACCUGAAUAAACCGCAUUCCGGCGGGAUAACCUCUACCCCGCUUUCAACUUCAAAUAAGCACAGCUCUCCGCCGGCCAAAAACGUCACUAUGAGCCCCAACCAAUUCGACUCUGAAUCCAUUUCCGACCCUGACGACUCUACCAUUUACACGCCAACUACAACCUCCAACACCUUUACCGCAGAUCUCCCGGGAAAUCAAGACCAGUCUAGCAGUGUCCCUUCGCACGAUUCCACCUUCAUUAUCCGCUCUGUCUCGUCCGGGCAUGUAAUUACGCUGCUUGGCGGGCAGGUUGUGCUGACCCCGCCAGGCGGCGGGGGCUCCAUCCACUGGGCGUGUGUGGAAACCGAAGGCUGGCUCGGUUUCCGGAAUCGCGUUUCGAAUAAGUUUCUGUGUCACGAUUGGAAGGGGGGACUGAAGUGCUCGGCAGAACAGCAUGAUAGAUGGAGACACUUUUCUAUCACUCCGGUGCCACAAGGUGGUUACAUCAUGCAGAUGUUAGACUUUUCGACGCUUCGACCCAUAGUGAUUAAAGUAGAAGGGGGGCUGCAGACGCUAGGGAGGACUGGAAAUAAGUUAUCUGACGGAAUCAUCUGGGAAUUUGUGAGGAUUUGGUAGCAAGAAAAAUUAGUGUAUAAACCAUAGCUGUGUGUGAGACUCCUAAAGCAUAGAUUCGUCCCGUGACAGAGUGCGUCCUGGACCUAGAGAUAGACGUUAGGAUAGGAUAGCUCUUUAUGAGUAGUGUGUGGCAAUGUCUUUGUCAUUUUAACGCAAUAAUGUGCAUUAGCAUAGUCACAAUAAAUAUACCGCCA